AUUCCAUCACAAACAUGUUGUUUAAGGUAUCUGUGUUAGUGGCGCUCGCAGUGGCCGUCUCAGCCCGACCCGAGACUCCUUCCUACUCUCCUCCCAGCCCAUCCUACAGCGCUCCCGUCCAUCCUUCUCCUUCCUAUAGUGCUCCCAUCUACAACGAUGUUCCAGCCCAUUACAACACCCAGUAUGCCGUGAGCGACGAAUACUCGGGUAACAACUUUGGGCAUCAAGAGGACCGCGACGGCUACAAGACCCAGGGAACGUACUACGUGCAGCUCCCCGACGGCCGUCUGCAGAAGGUCACCUACUACGUCGACGGCGAGUCCGGCUUCGUGGCAGAGGUCACCUACGAAGGGGAAGCUCAGUACCCAGCCUAUCAGCCCGCGCCAUCACCUUCUUACGCAUAAUUCAGAUGUGUUAGUCUGAAAAUUUGUAAUUCGGAAACAAUAGUUUAUUUAUAAUAAAUGUGA